GGGAGACCUUCGAUAUAAGGUUAAUUACAACAGAAUGCGAAAAUGGCUGAGGAAGAGCAGAGUAGCAAGAAACAGUCGCUUAAACUGAUGGGGAUCCUUGAUAUUCAAAAUACUCCAUGUGCUCGCGAGGCGCUUUUGCACGGCGCAGGGGGAUCAGUGGUUUCUGGGCUCGCGUACUUUUUAGCGACAAGCAGAGUGAAGAGGUCUUUUGAUGCAGGUGUGGCUGGAUUUAUAUUAACAACACUCGGAUCGUGGUUUUACUGUAGAUACAAUAACGCCAAACUCCGGGUGCAACAGCGCCUCAUUCAGGAUGGCAUUAAAAAAAAAGUCAUGUAUGAAGGCACCAGUCUGGAUCCGUCCCGGAAACCGCGGGGAGAUGACGGCGGCUCACAGACAUGACCCGUUACCUUAGAGCUGCUCUUAGCGCCUGUCUCCUCACCUCCGUCAUAUUGUAUGGAACCAAGUGGU